AUGGAGUCUUUGACCGUUCUAUUGUGCUUUGUUAGUCAGCUGUAUGCUCUAAAGUGUGCGCUCGAUCAAAAGGCAGGAGAUUACUACGGCGAGGGGCGAAAAUCGACGUGUCAGGGUGAUACAUGUUGGUUGUUCUACGAUCCGAUAUUGGAUCAAUAUAUGCAGGAUUGCUUGAUUGGAAUAGCACGAGAAACAGGAUGCCGUCGAUUGAUUGUGGAGAAUAAAGUCGACUCGUAUCUUUGUUAUUGCAAUCACUCGGAUAACUGUAACGCCGAGUUCCCAACAUUCCACCCGAACAACCAGACGGCGACCUGGGCAGCCGGCAGUUUUCCAUACACCAACAUGCUUCCGAAAACCAUGACCUGUCGGACAGGCCCCAUAGAGGUGUCAGUUCCAAUGAACACCGUGUCGACAAUUGAUUGGACAAACACCACGACUGGGGCCGGCACGGUCAAGGCGUUCGGCUGCUAUAUGAAUGGUGAUAUUAAGAUGCCUCGAGAAGGGAACAUCACCAUCUGGUUUGAGCCUGAAUAUUAUCUGAAGAUACGGACAUCGAGACUGUACUCACUGGAACCCAUGCUCUGGAACCAAGACCCGCCAGCCAUCAUCCCGGGCUCGCUUUUUGCUAUCCAAGUCUACCCUACGAUCCAGUCUCUUAAGAAAUAUUGCCGUGGGGUAAAAAAGGGCAAAACGUGCAAAGUUGGGCUGAUGUCACUGAAGAUUUGUCAGCUGGCAACUAUUCAC